AUGUUCUAUCAAAUACCUCAGCUAAAGAGCCAUGUGACAUCACCAUAUGGAAACAAUCUUCAUCACAAGGAGAACACAAGACAUGGUAAUAUCGCAUUUACAACUCAAGAGGCUAGGAACUACCUUGCAUGAUUCUAGGUGGAUAGCCAUAGUCAACAAGUUGGUGAGAUUAAUGUAAACCUUGAUUGGAAAAUUGAAAUUGCAGCCAAGGAUUGGGAUUCUAUUGCUAGAAAAGAGAAGAUUGAGGGAUUCAAGCUUGAGCUGAGAAAGCUAGAAGGAGCAGUAAAUUCCAUCCAUCAGAAUUUGCUCUAUCUUAAGGGAAGGGAAGCUGAAAUGAGGACUGUGAGUGAAAAAACAAAUGGCAGAGUGGCAUGGUUUAGCAUUAUGUCCUUGGUUAUGUGCAUUGCAGUUUCUGGUUUGCAAUUGUGGUAUUUGAAGCGGUACUUUCAGAAGAAGAACUUAUAUAGAUUAUUUAAUUUAAUUUUAUUU